AUGGAACAAGAAGACGACAAAUCACCACCUUUCUGGCUUCCAAAAACCAACAACCACCGCCGUCUCCGCCGCUCUUACUCCAUCUUCCUAACAUCAACAUCCUUCCUCGUACUCCUCUUCAUAACCGCCCUCGUUUUCGCACUUGUCGUGGUCCCCACUUUACGUUCUUUCAGUUCCAUCCUCUUCAAACCUCAAACCGUUAAACACUCUUGGGAUUAUUUAAAUCUCAUACUCGUUCUCUUCGCUGUCGUUUGUGGCUUUCUUACUAAAAACGACACCAACGAAACGCAAACGAUGCAAACGCAUACUCCGCGUUUUGAUAGAAGCUUCUCCAACCCUGAUACACCGCCGUCGUGGUAUGAAAAUUCUAAUCGGUCGUUUAACCGGUUGAGAAGCGUUGGAUCUUAUCCGGAUCUUCGGCAACCGUCGGAGUUGGUUACCGAUGAUGAACGGUAUCGGUUUUACGAUGAUACUUAUGUUCAUUUCCGUCAUCGGUUCUCGAGACUUGAAGAUGAAGUUCAAGUUCAUUCGGAAACGGUUACUUCCGGUGAAGUUUGUUUAUCUCCGAUGAGGAAACCGGAGAUGAAACCAGUGCAGGAUUGUGGAAUUGAAGAUGUUCGAGAGCGUGUAUAUGAGGUGGAAACUAUUGAGAAACCGGAAAUCAAUUAUUCCGUUACUGAGAAUUCACUACCGCUGCCUCCGCCGCCUCUGCCGCCGCUGCAACCGCUAUCGGUUCUGAGGAAAAAGAAAACUAGAAGUGCAUCUACAGAAAACGCAGCUACGGUCAGUUAUGAGGAAUUUUCCUCGUCGGUGCUGGAACAGAUUCCGGCGGUGAGGAAGAAGAAAACUAGAAGUGCAUCUACAGAAAACGCGGCAACGGUCAAUUAUGAAGAAUUUUCCUCGCCGAUGCCGGAACCGGAACUGAAUCUGCAUUCUCCGCCGCCGGUGAUGACGAGAACGAAACCUGUUCGAAGAAAUGUCAAUCGAGCAUAUCAAUCGGAAAUGAUCGAUAAAUUUGAACGUAAUGAUUUUGUGGCACAGAGUUCUCAACCGCCUCCGGCAGUGGCUCCGCCGUUAACGGCGGAGAGGAAGAUUGGGAUUCCGGUUAAGAAGAAGAGAGGGAAUGCAACUAAGGAGUUUUUAACCUCAUUGAGAGGAAAGAAGAAGAAACAGAGACAAAAGAGUGUUGAAAAUUUUGAAACCUUUCAAUAUACUUCUCAACCUUCUCUCUAUGUUUCACUACCACCGCCACCUCCUCCACCGUCGGUUUUUCAGAACAUGUUCUAUGCCAACAAGAGCAAACACAAGAAGCAUUACCAUGUUCCUGUGGCAACAUAUAAACCUCAGCUACCAAACAAGAGGGAACAUUCUAAUUAUAGAUUAGAGAAGAAUGUAGUGAUUACUGGUAAUGAGUCACCCUUGAUUCCUAUCCCUCCGCCGCCACCACCUCCACCAUUCAAGUUACCGGCGUGGAAGUUUAGAGUUCAGGGUGACUAUGUUAGGGUUGAUAGCAUUGGAAGUUCAAGGAGUGGUUCACCAGAUUCAGAUGAAAAUGUUGAGUCGCCAAUUAGUCGAGAUGAAUCAAGUAGUAAUAGUCCCUAUGCUGGAGAUGGUGAAGAGAGUGUCACUGAAAUUGGAAAUGCAAGUGAAGCUUCAAUGUUUUGUCCUAGCCCAGAUGUUGAUACCAAAGCUCACAACUUUAUUCUGAAUUUCAGAGCUGGGUUGAGGAUGGCCAAGAUGAAUUCCUUGAGGGAGAAGCAGGGAAUUGGGAGGUCUAAUCUUGGUCCUAUACAAAAGUAG